GGAUUGCUGUUAUAUUGGCCAAUAGGAAAGCAAUAAUAGUUCCCUUGGUUACAAAUGUUGUCAACCGGGAAGCGUCGACAAGAGAGGGGAUUCUGAAGACGAGAGUGAGAAUGACAGACACGUUCGCAGGGAGUCUGCCCCGGAGACGUCAGCAGGGACCCUAGAGCGACACCAGCAGUUUGCACCUGCACAUCCAAUGAAGAAGCAAUGAGUGGGAGAGACCUGCGAGCCUUCCUAUCCAACCGCAGAGUUGAUGAUUUGGAAAAGCUGACCGUGCGUUUGAGGGAUGGACUGGGGAGCUCCAGGUAUAAGCCAGUGGAGUAUGAACCGCUGCAGGCUAUGCUGGAAGCCAAGCGGGUUGCAUCACAACACAUUGAGGAAAAGGUGAGGAGAACCAAGCAGGCGGCCAAAGAGAGCAAGGAGAGCAGCCUGCUACGCCAGCACCGAACAGUCUGGACCAAGGAGCACCAGAGACUAGCCAGAGCUGGAGAGAAGGCUGAGUCUGAGCUCCGGAGUUUUAUGGAGCAGAGAAGAGGAGGAGGAGGAGGAGGAGGAGGAGGAGGAGGAGGAGGCGACCCAGAGAAGGGAGACAGCAGUGGGACUGGCAACAGAGGCGUGAUGGCUGAGCUAUUGGAUGAAGAGCUGGCGUUAGAGGCGGAGAGGGAGUUGUUCCGGAGGGCCACUGUGGAGCCGGUGUGGCAGCUAAGGGAGGACCUCCAGUACCGCCUGGGCAGCAUGCACCACGCCUCCCCCGAGCCCAGCGAGUGGGAACAGAUUCUGCAGCAGGUGCACUUUGUGAUGGAGCAGCAGGAGGCUGUGGAGGAUAAGCUCCAUGCGGAAUCUCUUACUCUGGAGCAGGACCUGGCAGAGCUGGCCGUCCAGGAGUUGUGCUGUAGCGAGGCCCCAGAGCUGGUGUCCGCUCUGCAGGAGGUUCCCCAGGAGCUGCUGUCGUGCGACUGCCCCUACCCCGACCUCACCACCUCCCUCAUCCAGGCCUUCCACGCGCUCACACAGCGCUACCAGGACAGACUGCAGCAGCUGGAACACAGGCUGGAGGGCUUGGACAGGCACUGUGGCUGGUCCCCAGAUGAGCACCUGCGUUUCCAGUUGACGGUGGGCCAGUACCCAGCGGAGCUGCGGAGCCGCCGCCACCUCUACAUGGACAUGCUGACCAGGCUCUACCCACACACGCCCAGACAACAGCUGAUAGAGCACGAGUGUACCUGGGACUGGUACCGCUUCUCCCUGGCCCAGAAGAGGGCCCUGCUGGAGGGGUGGCGGCGCGACCGUGCGGAGCUGCUGGCCACGGCCCAGGCCGCACUGGAGGAGGCCCGGCUGCACCAGCAGCAGCAGGCCGCCCUGGAAGAGGACCGGCAGAACCAGCAGCACAUCUGCAGCCAGCUCAGGGACAAGCUCCAGCAGUGGCGUGCGCGUCAGGAGGAGGUGUCCCGGCUGGAGGAGGCAAUCGCGGAGAGGAGUCGCGAGGAGGAGCAGGAGAGACUCAGGAGGGAGCAGGAGAGACACGCAGCCAAGAGGACACAGCAGAAGGAGCAGGUGAAGCAGUUCUACGCGGAGCUGAGCAGGAGGCGCGAGGAGGUGCAGAGAAGGGACGAGGCUCGACUGCAGGAGCUGAGAAGAGCCAUGGAGGAGCAGGCCCGGAGGGACCGGGAGAGGGUGCAGUUUCGUGAGGAGUUGUUGGCUCAGCGUAGGGAGGAGAAGGAGAUGUGCGCUAUCUACAGACUCUGCCAUGAGGAGGAGAAGCAGGAGAGACUACAAGCCCUCCGUAACCAGGUGGCAGUGGUGGCGGAGGCCGACCCAGAGAGGAUGAUGGGAGACACUGAGGCCUGGAGGGGGAAGCAGCAGGCUAAGGAGGAGGAGGCUGGGGUCCAGAGACCACUUUACCAGCUCAACACCUACACAGACACACAGAUUGUGUCUGAUCCCAGGCUGAGGAUCGAACAGGCGCUGCGCCAGGCUGGUCUGCACCAGACGCUCUAUGCCAAGGAGGUUUUAUCCGGCGUACAACCACCCAGACCACCAAGACGGGACAUGGAGUCCACAGCCUUCAAAUCCUGACUCCAGCCGACACAUACAGAAGCACGCACAGACACCCACACCCACACCUACACACACACACACACACACACACACACACACACACACACACACACACACACACACACACACACACACACACACACACACACACACACACACACACACACACACACACACAGGCCCACACCACCAAGACGGGACAUGGAGUCAACAGCCUUCAAAUCCUGACACACACACACACACACACACAUAUGCACAGUUUCAAACACACACACACGCGCACACACACACACGCACGCACGCACACGCACACGCACACACGCACACAAAUACAGUCGCACAAACACAAACAUGCACUUCGAUCAUAACCGUAUGGUUAACUGACGCAAGCACAGCACUGUAACAUACUCAGUUGCGAUGCCUGUGGACAGCUGUCCUGGUAAUGAUUCACUCACAGCCAGGAACCAAACUGGCAACAACAUGACUAGCAAUUUCACAAAUCACAGAAAUUGGUUGGAAGAGUGUUGAGACGUAAUGCUGUACCGGAGGCUGACAGAAUUGUUUUCGAGAGAAAAAGAGAAUAGAUAAAGUAAUACAAUUAUGGGCAAUUAUUUUGCUCGAAUCCCACUGCGGUACCCCACCAGAAAAGAUGCCUCAGUUAAUUCGUUUCAGGGGUAUGAGAGCCAUCCAAACCAAUAAAAUAUUGAUUCUGAACGAGA